GGGAGGUGUCUACUUCAGUUUGUGUGGCUGAGGCCGCGGGAACGCCAGCCGGUAAUAUUUUGACCGAGAAAGGCGAGGUUUUCGAGCUUGGCGGAGUGAGAGUGAGCGAUCGUGGAGCUCCUGGUGCUCUCUUCUUACGUGACACCGGGCAUGGAGGAUGAGCAGAGCAAGGAGCCUGGCGGCGAGGCCGUGGCUCCCGCGUGGCUGGAGUCACCGCGGUCGGUGUCUGGGGAGGAGCCGCAGCACCCGCAUCCCGAGAAGAAGCAACGAUGUAGACUUGAUGGUCAAGAAACAAAAGGAUCUAAGUUCAUUACCUCCAAUUCAAGUGACUUCAGUGACCCAGUUUACAAAGAGAUUGCUAUUACGAAUGGCUGCAUUAAUAGAAUGAGUAAGGAAGAACUCAGAGCUAAACUUUCAGAAUUCAAGCUUGAAACCAGAGGAGUAAAGGAUGUACUAAAGAAGAGGCUGAAAAACUAUUAUAAGAAGCAGAAGCUGAUGUUGAAAGAGGACAAUUGUGCUGGCAGUUACUAUGACUACAUUUGUAUUAUUGACUUUGAAGCCACUUGUGAAGAGGGUAACCCACCCGAGUUCUUACAUGAAAUAAUUGAAUUUCCUGUUGUUUUACUGAAUACUCAUACCUUAGAAAUAGAAGACACGUUCCAGCAGUAUGUGAGACCCGAGAUUCACACACAGCUUUCUGAUUUCUGCAUCAAUCUAACUGGAAUUACUCAGGAUCAGGUAGACAGAGCUGAUACCUUCCCUCAGGUACUGAAAAAAGUAAUUGACUGGAUGAAAUUGAAGGAAUUAGGAACAAAGUAUAAGUAUUGCAUAUUAACAGAUGGUUCAUGGGAUAUGAGUAAGUUCCUGAACACUCAGUGCCAGCUCAGUGGGCUCAAAUACCCGCCUUUUGCUAAAAAGUGGAUCAAUAUCCGAAAGUCAUAUGGAAACUUUUACAAGGUCCCUAGAAGCCAAACCAAACUGACAAUAAUGCUUGAAAAGCUAGGGAUGGAUUACGACGGGCGGCCUCACAGUGGUCUCGAUGACUCCAGGAACAUUGCCCGCAUAGCAGUCCGAAUGCUGCAGGACGGCUGUGAGCUCCGAGUCAAUGAGAAGAUGCACGCCGGACAGCUGAUGAGCGUGUCCUCCUCAUUGCCAAUAGAGGGCGCUCCCCCUCCACAAAUGCCGCAUUCUAGAAAAUAACAGUGGGUUUGCCUUUUUGCCUCUGGAUCAUUGACUGGAAUUGAUACAAAGAGGUAGCAGAUGAAUACUUAAUUCAGUGCAAAAUUGAAGCACCUUAAACAGAAAAUCUUAUUACAGCUCUAGACAGAGUCUAUGGAGAAGGCGUAUUGAAUUGUCACCAGCACUUUUAUAUGAGCAGUAUUUGUUACACAGUAAUCGUUUCUGCUUAGAACUUGGUUUUAUAAAUUAAGGUGGCCAAGAUGUGUUCCUUUGGUUUUAAAUGCAAAGGUCUAUUGACUCUCCUUUCGAAUGUCAUUUCUUAUUGAUGUUAGAAUGUAUAAUGUAUUUCUACAUUAAUAUCAUUAGAUGAAAUUAUUUCUUAAAUGCAGAAAAGAUGGGAAAGCAGACCUUAUCUUGCCUUUGGGUUUUAAGAAUAUUAUAGGCCGAUUGAUUUUUGAAGUUUAUAUGUUAAAUCCAGCAGUAUGUUAAGUUUCAUGAAGUACUUGGCACAUAUAUCUGUCUGUUUCUUUUCGAUUCAUAAUUGGAAGACUUGUGAAGAUUAUAGGGCCUGGUUAAAAAUUCAGUAUUGACAUUAUCAUGGAAAAUCCAAAGACAACACCAUUUAAAGGAAUGUAAGGGCUGUACCUCAGAUUUUAUAAUAAUACAGGUAAAUCAGUGAGGUUUGGGUGCCAGCUUUUUGAUUCCCUUCCUCCUUGUCACAUAUUUCUGCCCUGAUUCUUAAAUCUAAGAGACCAUGCUUUGAAAUAGACUUAAAAUUGAAGAUCACUACUGAAUUUUGCAUUUGUAUUGAACAUUGUGAGGUUAAUAAAAGUCAAAUAAUGCUUUCUACCCGAUCUUAUGUUUUUAUUACAUAGUGACUGGCCAAUAGAUUGUUGACUAGUUAAUUCUUAACUGGCUAUAAAAAACAAAAAUGUGUUCACAGAGUUUAGAAAGUAAAAUUCCUUAUUUAGAAGCUGAAAACACAUAUUUUCAGAAUUGAAUUUUCCCCUGUAGUUUUUAUGAACAAUUUCACUGACAUUGGUCCUUUUCCAUGGAACAAUUUUAUUGACACUGUUUGCUUCUUUUCUUUUACUUCUAAUCAUAAUUGUGAUGCUACUUUAUUUUAAUAAUGUAUGUGUUAUCAAAUGAAUUUUAUGGAGGUUUUUCAACCCUGGUACAUAGAGGAAAAGUAGUUAUUUUUCUGGAUAUGAGAAUAUACAGUGCUGUAGGCUCCUCACUUGAAAGAACAAAUUUCUGCCCUUGGGCAGUAGCUGGAGAGUCAGCAUAAUGAAGGAGAAGUGGGUAACAGAAGGCACUGGAGUGGGGGGCGGUGUAUGAUGUCCUUAGACAGACUGGUAGGGAGUAGAGCGAAACAUCUAGGUGUUUCAGGUUUGUACAGAAAACUUCAGGUUUUUACAGUGACUGUAUGCUGGGAUUUUUGUGAAUCCCAAAUAUCAGCAUAUAAUAUGCCUGUGGUAUUCCUCAGAGUGUAAAAGAAUUUCCUUCAAAUCCUUACUGUGCCAGGGCAGAGGCGUGGAGGAGAGCAAAUCACUGUGGAGACCGAGGUGCCAGCAGGGCCACUUGGCGUACUCCUUAGGGGAUUUUUUCUUUAGGCAAAAUUCAAGCUCACGCCACAGCAAAACUAUAAUUAUCUCUCACCAGCUUCCAGAGUGGCUCAUCCACAGCUGAAACUGCAAGAGGAGAACCCGAGAAUGGCAAAGAAACACUACCUUACCCUGCCCUUUUGUAGUGAAGGCCACAGUAAGAUGUGCUGGGCUUCUGCCCACCCACUCCCCACGGGGCAGAUUUCUCUGAGGGGACCCCUCCUGGUGCCAUGCUGCUCUGGCCUCAUCGAUGCGGCGAUGUCGCCAGAAUGCUACCCAUGUGCCCGCAGGACGCUCGACACUUCAUUGUCCUCCAGAGCUUUGCCUGUUUUAGGAAAGCAUCUCUACUUUUGUUGGUUUAUAGUUGUGUCUGUGUUGUCUUUGUUGUUCUUGUAGGGGAAGUGAGCAUUGGCACCUCCUAGCCCUUCAUCUUGCUGACCUCCCUCUCCUCUGAACUCAUUUUCCACUGCUCUGUGGACUCUGUCCUCCCCUGGGUCUGGUGCACCUCCCAGCAAAUGGACUUCGUCCUGGAUUUCGCUGAGACUGUUUAGUCAUGCCUGUUCUCAGGAGAGGACAUUAAACCUCAGGAAUUCUGCUUUCUACCUUCUGGUUUUUACUGUGUCCCAUUGUCUUUAAGGUCUUCAGCAAUGCUGAUUCUUGCAAGGACAGUGCUGAAAGGAUAAAUGCCUUUUAGUACUCCAGGAAACCAACAAGAUUAAUAGUUCUUGCCAGUUUUUAUUUCGUAUUAAUAUUAUACUACAUACUGUAAUGAUGUUCAUGUGUAUUAUUUAUUAUUUACCAAAAAUGCCUUUUGUAUUUUUAGCCAUUAGCUGUGUUCAUUUUUUGCUUUCUACUUUUCACUUGUUCUGAUAAAUUGACAUGCCAGGUUUCUCUAGUGCUAUUUCCGAUCCACAAUCUCAGGACCAACUGAGGUGUAUACCAGAGCACUGUAUUUUGUCUAUUUUGUUUUGUGUUCUUUUUGGAUAAAAUACUUCACAACAUUUGCUAUGAAAAAAUCUUUUUCCGAAGUGUCUUUUUUUUUUUUUUUUUUUGCUUAAAAAUAGACCUGCUUAAUCAGCCUCAUAAGGACAAGUUUCCACCUGGACUGAAAUGAAAAACCAUAGGAGUCACUAUAACAUGUCAUCUAUUAGAAGGGAUCUUGCAUUGUUGAAGGCCAGUUUAUGGUUAUUUUUUCAAUGUGGGGUUGGCUGCCAUGUUCUGUUUAGUAUAUCGUCAUGACAGUUAUCCCCAGUGAUCAUGCAAAAUAGAGUAACUCGGAAGACAGGAAAAGAGCUGGUAGUAAAAUUGAGGACGGGAGAAAGCAGGGAGGUCCAGAUAACCCACCGUUUGUUUGGUGUAGGCUGUAGGCGGGGUUGCCAGAACCACUGCCUGCCUCUUGCACGAGCAUGCCCCUGCCCUGCAAAAGCCCGCUUGGAAAGGCUGUAUUUCGAAGGAAGGCUUUCGCUGUCUAAGCUCCUGUGGACAGUGCAGAUUCUGUGAGAGCCAGGACUGGGACUCUUGCAUCUUUGAUUCCAACAGUGUGUGAUUCCAAAAAAUGCCUUGCACUGAGUUCAGUGCCAAUAAAUGAAUGACGGCCUUAAAUAUCCUUUUUAAAAGUUACACUUGGAAGUUUCCUCUUUCUUCUUCGGCAUCAUAAACCUGUAUUUCAGAUCCCUUGCCCUCAUGAAGUUUCCAAAGCCCAUGAAUUUGUUAAUCCAGAGCAAGCGCUGGCAAACUACCUCCCAUGGGCUGAAUCGGGCCCACUUACUGUUUUUGUAUGGCCUACGAACUAAGAAUGGUUUUACAUUUUGAAUGGUAAAAACAUUAAGAGAUAAUAAUGUAGGUAUCCUUGGCUUUCUGAAAACCCACAUUAUGCUACUUUGCUUUCAAAGAAGACCUGCAUUGGUACCUGUUUUCACUGACUGUAAAAAUCCAAAAAUUUUGACUUUUACGAAAAAAGCCAUUAGCAUACUAAAGCAGGUCUUUUGUAAAAGUAAAGUGGCGUAAUGGGAAUUUUUGGAGAGUGGGUAUACCCUUUGCUGUAUGCCAUUUCAGUUUACAGCAGGUCACAGGAGUGCUGUGCUAAAGGAUGGCAGGGGAAAGCUGUACUUUAAUGUGAAGUUAAAUUUG